UGCAACACAAAUUCAUUAAUCAGCUUUAUUUCUAACGUAAAAUAUGUAUAAGUUAUCUUCUCUGAGAAUAUAUUGACUCAGUUUUGUAGAUAAUUAAUUGUAUUCUUUGCUGAGUAGAUUUCUGUUAUUCUUCUUUUUCCAACAUCAUAUAGUAUAUUGUUCUUUAUUUAUUAUUAAAUUUGACAACAACAGUUUGAUAAACGAUUUGUUUGAACAGACUGCUACAAUAAUUAAUUUACUACGAAAUUCUUAGGCUCCAAAUUAUAUCAGCCUUGAUACCUAAGUUAUUUAACUAGAAAGAUAACAAUAAAAGGGAUUAAAUAUGUUUUUUUGUCCCUGUUGUGAUAGAUCAUUCAAAGAAGAAGAUCAUAUUCUGCAACAUUUUCGUGCCAAACAUUAUUUUCCUUGCAAAUAUUGUGAUGACUGGUAUCAAACUUAUGAAGGUAUGACGAAUCAUCAUUUUGCAGUUCACCUUACUGUCGAAUGCGAGUUUUGUGAUAGGCGUUUUAAAGAAAUACAACACAUGGAACAGCAUUGCGAUGCCGUACAUUAUUUCCCAUGUAAUUAUUGUGAUUAUUAUUUUCCGACUAAGGAAGAUAGAGAUGAUCAUGAUAGAGAGGAACAUUUAAUCAUCGAAUGCCCUUAUUGUGAUAAAUUAUUCAGAGAAGAAGAACACAUGGGACAGCAUUGCGAUGCCGUACAUUAUUUCCCAUGUAAUUAUUGUGAUUAUUAUUUUCCGACUAAGGAAGAUAGAGAUGAUCAUGAUAGAGAGGAACAUUUAAUCAUCGAAUGCCCUUAUUGUGAUAAAUUAUUCAGAGAAGAAGAACACAUGGGACAGCAUUGCGAUGCCGUACAUUAUUUCCCAUGUAAUUAUUGUGAUUAUUAUUAUCCGACUAAGGAAGAUAGAGAUGAUCAUUAUAGAGAGGAACAUUUUAUCAUCAAAUGCCCUUAUUGUGACAGAUUAUUCAGAGAAGUAGAGCAUAUGGAGCAACACAAACAUGCUAAACACGCUGAGAGGGAUUAUUUUGCUUGCAAACGGUGUGACAGUCAAUUUUCUGAUCCAUAUCUUAGACAAAAACAUCAAAGAUACUAUUGUUUUUAAAAAUUUGGACCAAUGUAUUUUAUUUGUUUGUGGUUUAUAAAUAUUUUCGUCUUUGUGUCAAUAAAGAAUAUUUCAA